GGGGAAGCGCGUCGAAGACACCCGAGAUGGGAUUUCGGGCGUCGAAGGCAAGACAUUCUUGAGAUUGUGGUAUACGACUCGAAGUAACUAGCUGUCACUGAUCAGCAUUGUUCGAAUGUCAUCAUCGGACCCGGUAGGCACCUCUACUUAGUUGAUGCGAAACUUCGUGUUAUUGCUGCUUUCUGUAUGAGGUGUAAAGCCGACUACGGUGUAUAUGAUGUAUUCCAGAUGCGUCCCCACAUCCUAUAGCAUGCCUGCAAGGAACCCAAUACCAGCCCCAAUGCUGAUGACUAUCCACCCAGCGCCCAUAGCACCAGGCAUCAACUCUGCCCUUCCUGCAGAGCCUGUCAUGUUCAUGCCCGCCAUUGCAGUACCAGUCGCGGUAGUCAUGCUCAUGCCGCUCAUCCCACUCAUUCCACUCAUGCCACUCAUGACCUCACCGUUCGACAUGGUCAUGGAGGCGUCCAUCGACAUGCUGCUCAUAUCGGUCACCAUGGAGGAGCCGCUGGCAGCAACUGCGGCGGCGGCUGUGGGUUCGUUGUCCCACAUCAUAGUGACAAUCUCGGCGGCGGAUGCGGUGGCGGUUGCUGAUGGCUUUGAUGUCAUACCAGAUUGUGCGAGGGCCAGAGGUGCGAAGGCCAGGACGGCGACGGCGAGGAUAUUGGAGUGCAUUUUGACUAAUUCGAUAUUGAUUUCCGUUGAUUAAGAGAAUGUGUUACUGAUCGUAAGAGUUCGUAAGGAGUGUGGUGAGUCCGGCUCGAGAAUGGAAAUGGCAGGUGCCUGGGGUAU